GUGCGCUCGCAGCCCGGCCCAGCGCCGCCAGCAGCGGCUGCUCCCGUCGGCAGCGGGAUGCUCUGAGCCCGCCCCGACACGAGCAGGACAUGGAGCCGCUGGGGGCCGACGGCAGCUGCAGCAACGGGUCACUGGUUACCCUUUCCUGCCUUUCUCACCGGGUUGUAUGCCGGGUGGUCAGUGAUGCUGACCUGGCUGACUCCAGCCAUGACAAUGUGACUUCAGAUGACUUCUGGGUAACUGAACUGGAAAGCAAUUAUGGAUUCUACAUUGGCUUGGGCUUGGCCAUCUUCUCCAGCUUCCUCAUCGGAAGCAGCAUGAUCCUCAAGAAGAAGGGGUUGUUACGGCUGGUGGAGAAGGGAGGCACCAGAGCAGGAGAUGGUGGUCAUGGCUACCUGAAGGACUGGCUCUGGUGGGCUGGAUUGCUAACCAUGGGUGGAGGGGAGGCUGCCAACUUUGCUGCCUAUGCGUUUGCUCCUGCAACUAUUGUCACGCCACUGGGGGCCCUGAGCGUGCUCAUAAGUGCCAUCCUGUCUUCCUAUUUACUUGGAGAACGGCUAAACCUGUUGGGAAAGCUAGGCUGCAUGUUGAGCAUUGUGGGCAGCACAGUGAUGGUGAUACAUGCCCCAGAGGACGAGGAAGUCACAACUCUGGAUGAAAUGACUUCGAAGCUGAGAGAGCCAGGUUUCCUCACUUAUGCUGCGAUCCUCUUGGCUGUCUGCCUCCUCCUGAUCUUCUACUUCGCGCCUCGCUAUGGCCAGAGCAACAUCCUCAUCUACCUCACCAUCUGCUCCAUUAUUGGGGCCUUCUCUGUGUCCUCAGUCAAAGGCCUGGGUAUUGCCAUCAAGGGCUUCUUUGCUGACCAGCCUGUGCUGCAGCACCCGUUGACUUGGAUCCUGGUCAUCACACUGGUGGCAUCCAUCACUACACAAAUUAACUACCUCAAUAAGUCUCUAGACAUUUUCAACACCUCUUUGGUGUUUCCCAUCUACUACGUGCUGUUCACCACCAUUGUAAUCACAACAUCUAUCAUCCUCUUUAAGGAGUGGGUCACCAUGACUGUAGUGGACAUCAUUGGGACAGUUUGUGGUUUUCUCACCAUCAUUUUGGGGGUUUUUCUACUCCAUGCCUUCAAAGACAUAGAGAUCAGUUUAGGGAACCUACCACAGGUCCUCCAGAGUGGAGAGCAGGCAUCAGUCACCCAAGAUGACAAGAACAUCCUGAUAGAUGUGGACAACGGCAGCAUUGUUCCAGAGGAGAAACCCAAAGUAUUCAUGAUCUACAGCUAGUGCGUUAUACACAAGGAUCUGGAGGCUGUGUGAAAACUGCUCUGAAUGGGUUGAUGUUAGUACUGCAAAUGCUACCAAGCAGCUUAAAAAGGAAACGCAGAAAAUAAAACCAACGGUAUUAUAUCCAAAGCCUAGUAGAGUCAAGUGAAGUCUUUCACUGAGCUUUGGAUUGGAUCAUUGUAAUGGUGUGUCAGCAAGGGUUAUGUUUAAUCAUCACUGGACUUAAUCCACUGAGCCACUGAAAAUGAAAAUUCUCUUGAAAUAUGAUACUCCUCGGACAAAACUCCUCUCUGAGCCCCAGUCUGAUCUCUGCUUGUUGGCAGGUUUAAUGUUUAUUCUGCACUUCUUCCCCUGGGGCAGAUACCAUUAAUGUGUUUAUUUCCAGGCCCUGAUUGAUUCAUUGAUUAGUGAUUUUUUUUUAAUUACUUUUUAGACACUUGUAUGGAAUCUAAAAUAUACAACAGUAUCACAAAUGGAGAUGAAAGACAAGGGCUAAAUAGUGUACUCCUGCUGUUCAAAUUCUGCUCAUCCAUUUUUUAAUUACCUGUUUGGCAAUAUGGUGAAUUUUGGAAUAAAAGCCCACUACAGCUGAGCAGCUGGACCCAAGCCAUAAAGUAUUUUUACAGGACUGCGGCAGAGAAAUCCAUUUAAGCUUUUGUGAUGUGCAGGAGUUUCCCUGAAGCAGUGUUAACUGGUUUUAAGUGAGAUUUGUUUUGUUUUGUUUUGUUCCAUAGCAGCUAUAGUCUCCAGGAUGUGCUGAUGGUUUUGGUGAAGCUGCAAGGCCUGACCCAGACCUCACCAGGGUGAGGGGCAGCCUCUGCUCAAGCAAGGGAGCUCUGGCAAUGUCAACCAAGUGUCAGAAGAAACAGGCCCUCUGCCCAUGAUGAUCACCACCUUCCUCCAAACUUCUUGGUGGUCUGUGAAAACCUUUUCAGCCUGAAAGACCAAGUGGGUGUAAGUGUUAAGGUUGGUUUUAUUAGUAAAUGCCUUGACCUUGGAGGAUCCCUGGCUCUGAGAGGUUGCAUUUACAGGUGCCAUUCAGCUUUCCCACAAGUCUGUUUUGUUGUUUUUAAGCCUCAAAGCCUGUUUCUUUAAAGCAGGCAUAAGCAGGUGAAACACUGCUGUAGAGGUGCAGUUUAUUCCAGAACAGUCCCUUUCAGCCCUCUCCAUCUCUCUGGACAUGGUACUUGCAUUAACCAUACUGCUCUCAGCUCACCUUCAAAACACCCUUGGAUUUGUAUUGAAAGUGAGGAUGAAAGGAUGGGAGAACUAACAUGUUGAGCUGGGAGGGAAGAAAAAAAAAUAAGAAGGUAUUAAUCCAGUUAAAGUUCAUCCCAUUGUGCUGCUAGGGCUUGUAGCAUGGGACGCAGGGAGAUUGGAGCCCAUUUGCUCACAGUAAGACCCAAAUGGGGAGCGGCAAAGCCUGAGCUGGCUUCACUGGGCUACUCCAGCUGGGAGUAGCCCUGGCCGGACCACCGCGACCUCCAGCUGGGCUAGUAAGCCCUGUGAGAAGCCACAGCAGGGCAGUAGCUGUGCAGCUCCUGGCUUGCAGCUGUACCCACUGCCUCAGGUCCAGGUCCCAGCUGGAGGUGCCACCAGCACAGCCUGUUUGCACUGUGUGUUGUGCCGGGGUGUAAACGUGCCUUUGUGGCUCUCAACAUGCGCCAGUGUGGCCUGAGAUGCCAAUGCUGCAGCUUUGCUACCUGCGUCUGGAAGGAGCUGAACAAACUUGGUGAAGUGUUUCCAUAUCUAGCUAAGGGGGGGGGACUGCAAUCUCAUUUUAAUAACAGUUCAGGAUUAUAUUUUUGGAAUUUGGAAAGGGAAAUAAAAGCUUUUUAUUCUUAAAAAAUC